AUGGGAAUGGAUUGUAACAAGCUUGUUGUUAAGGUUUUACUCAUGUUGAAACUUUUUAUGAUAUUAUUCUCGAAAGCAAAGAGUGAUAGUGGUGGAUAUGGUGAUGAAAGUGGUGGUGGAGCUGUGAUAAUAUUUGGGUUUGGUGUGUACAAAGAUGCUUGCCCAGAAGCUGAAGAUAUCAUCUUUUCUUUGGUCCAAAGGGCAGUCAUGGAGGACUCUAGAAUGGCUGCUUCCCUACUUCGUCUCCACUUCCAUGACUGCUUCGUUAAUGGUUGUGAUGGUUCAGUGUUGUUAGAUGACACAACAAACAACUUUGUGGGAGAGAAAACAGCAGCACCAAACCGCAACUCCUUAAGGGGUUUUGAAGUAAUUGAUGCUAUCAAAUCAGAGCUUGAAUCCUUUUGCCCUGGAACCGUUUCUUGUGCCGACAUUCUCGCAGUCGCCGCCAGGGAUUCCGUCGUUCUGUCAGGUGGACCAAAUUGGGAAGUCCAAAUGGGAAGGAAAGACAGCUUGAGUGCUAGCAAAGCAGCAGCAAACAACAACAUCCCAGGCCCAAACUCCACCGUACCAUUACUUCUCUCAAAGUUUCAGAACGUAGGCCUUGAUCUCAAGGACAUGGUUGCUCUCUCUGGUGCACACACAAUGGGAAAGGCGCGGUGCUCGUCGUUCAGUGCUCGGCUGCAAGACACCAGAGAUCCAAACAAUCCACUUGGAUCCCCGGCCUUCAUCCAAUCGCUUCAACAGCUCUGCUCGGGGUUUGGAAAUGGCGGCAGCAGCAGCAGCAGCGUUCUUGCCCAACUCGACCUUGUAACACCAGCAACUUUCGACAACCAGUACUAUGUCAACCUCAUCUCAGGAGAGGGAUUGCUUCCCUCCGACCAGGUGCUCGUGACAGGAGAUGAUCGAACUCGUCAACUCGUCGAGACAUAUGCCCAAGACACGUUUGCCUUCUUCGACGACUUUCAGAAUUCUAUGCUCAGAAUGGGGGCCCUAGGUGUGAAAACAGGGUCAGGUGGUGAGAUUCGUAAGAAUUGUCGAACAAUUAACUGA